AUGAUUAUCUCGUGUACGACCCGAACGUCUCGACCGCGCGUGUUUCGGCGUACAGAGACGGCGACGCGACGAAAACGCGUCGUUAGCGAACGGGCUCGACGCGAUCGCGACUCGGUGAUCCCGCGCUCAGGCGCGAUCGGUGGCUCGGAAUCGUUCGAGUGCGUCGUCAUCGAAAACCGCGCCGCGUCGGUGGACGGGGCGAAACGAACGCUCGUUGUCGCGAUCGAGGACGCUCAAAACGUUCGAGGAAAGGAAUUGCGUCGGACGACCGAGCGGACGUUCGUGGAUAGUGGGAAGAAGUGGACGGAGCGGUACGAGACGCCGGGACAGUUUGUGAAGGCGCGAGGGGACGGGUGGGAGAGCGGCGCGCUCGCGAUCGCGCGGUCGCCGUAUCACGUGCGAUACGACAGCGCGAGAUUGGAUAGCGCGAAGGUUGAAUUCUUGGUGGACGAGCGUACGGACGCGGCGGCGCUCACGGGGGCGAAGCCCGGGGACGUAUUUUACGUGAGCGAGCCGCUGGGCUGCGGUUUCAGCAACGUGUUGUUCGCCGAUCGGUCCCUCAAGAAUGCGAUGCAGCACGAGUGUCCGUGCAUCAUCAUCGCCUGCGGCACGCGUGGUUUGGCGCACGCUCGCUCGCUCCUGGAUUGGCAGCCCGUGAUGGCGUACGCGGACGCGCAUCCGGUGUCUCUGUUUUACCUGUGCGAAUCGCAGGAGGGCGCGGCGCUCUUGUCCCUGCACGACGAGUGGCGCGAGGAGGGAUUCAAAGUGGUGCCGUGCUAUGGCGCCUUGGAGGACCAGUUAUUCUUGAUGGAGCAGUGCUUCAUCACCGGUGCCGUCGCCGCGGGCGGGAAACCCACUGUCCUUGGCCCGAGCGCCGCUAGCUGCUCCGUCUUGCUCGCCGGCGCCGAGGGCGAAACCGCCGGCAGGAUCCUCACCCUCCUCACUUCACGCGGCAUCGCCCGUGAGAACAUUUUGACCCCGAACUAG